AUGCCAGCCAACCUCACAGAGGGCAGUUCCAAUUCCACCCAGACCGUGCCAACAACACUGGAUUCAUCCCGAGUGGCUUGCACUGAAACGGUGACUUUCACUGAAGUGGCCGAGGGAGAGGAGUGGGGCUCUGUCUACUCCUCCUUUAAGACUGAGCAGUUGAUAACCCUGUGGGUCCUCUUUGUAUUCACCAUUGUUGGAAAUGCAGUCGUGCUGUUCUCCACAUGGAGGAGGAAGAGGAAGUCCAGAAUGACCUUCUUUGUGACUCAUCUGGCCAUCACAGACUCUUUCACGGGACUGAUCAACAUCUUGACGGAUAUUAUUUGGCGAUUCACUGGAGACUUCCUUGCACCUGACCUGGUCUGCCGAGUGGUCCGCUAUUUGCAGGUUGUACUGCUCUAUGCCUCUACCUACGUCCUGGUGUCCCUCAGCAUAGACAGAUACCAUGCCAUCGUCUACCCCAUGAAGUUUCUGCAAGGAGAAAAGCAAGCUAAGGUCCUCAUCCGGGUUGCCUGGAGCCUCUCCUUCCUGUUCUCCGUUCCCACCCUGAUCAUAUUCGGGAAAAGGACACUCUCCAAUGGUGAAGUGCAGUGCUGGGCCCUGUGGCCUGAUGACUCCUACUGGACCCCAUACAUGACCAUUGUGGCCUUCCUAGUGUACUUUAUUCCUCUGACAAUCAUCAGCAUCAUCUAUGGCAUUGUGAUCCGAACUAUUUGGAUUAAAAGCAAAGCCCAGGAGAUGGUGAUUUCUAACUGCUCGGAUGGGAAACUGUGCACCAGCUACAAUCGAGGGCUCAUCUCAAAGGCAAAAAUUAAGGCCAUCAAGUACAGCAUUGUCAUCAUCCUUGCUUUCAUCUGCUGUUGGAGCCCAUACUUCCUCUUUGACAUUUUGGACAAUUUCAACCUCCUUCCAGACACCAAGGAGCGUUUUUAUGCCUCCGUGAUCAUUCAGAACCUGACAGCACUGAAUAGUGCCAUCAACCCCCUCAUCUACUGUAUUUUCAGCGGCUCCAUCUGCUAUCCCUGCAAAGAGCAAAGAUCACAAGACUCUAGAAUGACAUGCCGAGAAAGAACGGAAAGACAUGAGAUGCAGAUUCUGUCCAAGCCAGAAUUCAUCUAGACCCUUGGACAAUUGCAGUUGUAGGUAGAGUCUCAUGAGCUCUUUAGGUCCCCACAAUCAGCUGUGCAUGUGUAAGGAGCCUGAGCCGAUUUCUCCACCCUGCUCCUGUCAUCACUUGGGAAUGUUCAAGAUACAUGUUCUAAUGAGGGUGUGUCAUCUGCAAUGGCAAGUAUUAGCCAAAACCAACUCACCAACUAUCCAUGGGAACCAGGAAAGACACUCUUUCCUCCUCCUCUCUUGCGAUUUCCAGCCCUCCUUCCCUUUGGCCGCACCCAAACCCAAUGGACAGAGAUGGUACUGACCCAGGGUCCUGGUUUGGGUAAGCAAGGAGAUACAGAAGCAGAAGGGACAAAAGGGGGAAAAAAGGUUAUUCAUAAAUCUUCUAAUUAUAAUUUUAAAAGUAAAUAAAAGACUUAAUAAAGACUAGACUUUUUAUCUCCCAGUUUUGGAUUGGAGGUUUGGUGGUUGUAGCCAAAAAGAAGUUUGCCCUUGAAAUGCCAACAAAUUUACUUUCAGACACUGGUGCUUUGCAUGUCCUCAGUGUGCAGGUGGAUGCAUUGGCAGCAGCUAAACUCACACUUCUGUUGUAUCAACAAGCAAUUCAUGGAAAGAACACAACUACUGGCCCUCCAUAACAAGGUCAAGUGUAAGGGUAUUUUCUCUGAUGGGAAAAAUAUUGUGAUAGGAAACCAUGGGUCCUUCACCUCCAGCCCCAGAUUGCUGAGACCUGGAACUCAGGGAUCUUUGAGUAUCUCUGAAGGCUCUUCCCUCUGUAUCCAGUGUUUGGGUCACUCUGAAUUCCAUUGCUCACACUCAGGGUCAUUUCUACCCCUUGUAGCCCUCCGAGCCUCUCUUCAGAUAGGAGCUGAGUUCCUGUGGUUUUUCCAAGCAUGACGAUUCUGUAAGCUCUUUACCAGUUUUGCAUGCUGUAGUCUUUGUCUAUCUAACACCUCU